AUGGCUCAAUUUGCCCAGGUUCUAGCUGAAAUAGGUGACUUUGGUCGCUUCCAGGUACAGUUGACGAUCCUGAUGAGUAUCCCCAACUUCCUGUCCCCCUUCUAUAUGUUUAGCCAGGUCUUCAUGGUCCUGGAUGAGGCCCACUACUGUUCAGUGGCCUGGGUCAAGAACCACACUCUCAACCUGAGUGCAGCUGAGCAACUGACACUGAGCGUGCCUCUGGAUGCUGAGGGCAGACCUGAGUCCUGCCUCAUGUUCCGGCCACCCCCCAAUAACGCCAGCCUGGAGGACAUCCUCAGCCACCGCUUCAAUGAGACACAGCCUUGUGAGACCAGCUGGCACUAUCCUGAGGACAAGCCCCGAUCGCUGUUGAACGAGUUCAACCUGGUGUGCCAUCGGAAGCACCUGAAGGAGACCUCACAGUCGGUGUUCAUGUCCGGACUCCUUGCUGGGGCCCUCAUCUUUGGGCCCCUCUGUGACUGGAUUGGCCGCAAAGCCUCUCUCCUGGUGCAGCUGCUCCUGACUGCCUUCGUGGGCCUGGCCACGGCCUUUGUGCCCAGCUUUGAGUUCUACAUGGUCCUGCGCUUUGCUGUGGCUACCGCUGUCUCUGGAUUUAUGAUAAGCACUGUUACCCUGCUUUCAGAGUGGGUGAGCCCCUUGUGGAGGACUCGGGCUGUGAUCCUGGCCCAGUUCACCUUCGCCUUGGGACAGAUGGUGCUGGCAGGACUUGCAUAUGGUAUCCGCAACUGGAGGCUCCUUCAGAUUGCUGGCGCUGUUCCUUUUUUGCUGUUCUUCUCGUACAUCUGGAUUCUGCCAGAAUCUGCUCGGUGGCUCCUCACCCAGGGGAGGAUAGAGGAAGCCAAACAACUAGUUCAGAAGGCAGCCUCAGUCAACAAGCGGAAAAUCUCCCCAGAGCUUCUGGACCAGUUGGCCCCAGAGAAGACAGCCUCCUCAGGGAAUGCCUUGGAUCUUUUCAGACACCCCCAUCUCCGGAAGGUGACCCUGAUUCUCAUCUGUGUCUGGUUUGUGGACAGUCUUGGGUACUAUGGCCUCAGCCUCCAAGUGGGAGACUUUGGCCUGGACAUCUACCUGACACAGCUAAUAUUUGGAGCCUCUGAGGUGCCUGCCCGCCUUCUCAGCAUCUUCAUGAUGGAGAAGUUGGGCCGCAAGUGGAGCCAGAUGGGGACUCUGAUUCUGGGUGGCCUCAUGUGUAUUAUCAUCAUCUUUAUCCCAGAAGAUAUGCCCUUGGUGGUCACCGUGCUGGCCGUGGUGGGGAAGUUCGCCACUUCUGCUGGCUUUACCAUCUCCUACUUGUACACUAUUGAGCUCUUUCCCACCAUCGUCCGGCAAACAGGCAUGGGGCUGGUGAGCAUCUUUUCAAGAGUAGGUGGCAUCCUCACACCACUUGUGCUCCUGCUGGGCGAGUACCGCAAGGAACUCCCUAUGCUCAUCUACGGCAGCUUCCCCAUCGGGGCAGGUAUACUCUGUAUUCUGCUGCCAGAGACACGUGGCCAGGCCCUGAAGGACACCAUCCAGGACCUGGAUCAGGGGCCCAGCACACGAUCUCCGACGGCAGUGCCCCCAGAGAAAGAAAUGGAUGCUACGGGAAGAAGUUCUACUCCAGGGGUGACCACUGUGAGCAGCACAAAUUUCUGAUUGUGGUCUCUAAGAAUCAGACCACCAGCAGCAGGAAGCUGCCUACACAUCCCUUUGUGUCCCCAAGAGGACACAGAUGAGCCUUGUUUAUAGAGGAGCGCACAGGACAUGGCCCCAGCUCUCUGCCACUGCUGAGUCCAAUCCUGGAAGCAUCUGGGACAGGACUUCCCUCCUUCCUUCACCUCUCUCAUUCCCAGAGCCCCACUCCAAUGCCCCGAGUUAGGGUCUUGGGUGUGUCAUGGGCUUCAUUUGUUCUCUGAUAGUUUGUGGGGCUAUGGCAUCCUGGUCCCUCAGUCUGGAGCACCCCCUGCCCCCCAAACUCAGUCAAAUCCAGAGCAGAGCACUAGAUAGGGCCUUUCUGAGUAGUGGGAUCAAGUGGAGAGGAAAUAAAUUUUGAAGUUGUGGACUCUAGGCGGCAGGUAGAUAAAGGGCUGUCGAUGAGGAGAAGGUUGUAGUUUCUUCCAGUGGCUGGACCAGGCCCCUCUGGCUAAGGUGCUAGGACCUUCAAUCCUGCUAAGAGAAGACUGUCCUACAUUCUCUUUGAAGUUGCCCCAUCCCCUGCCCCACACUUAGCUCUUGCCUAACCUACGUGAGGCUCAGGGAUGAGCUCUGCAGAGGGAGACUACAUGGCUCUGCCCCUACCCACUGUGCUCUGCUGCUUCUGGCUCUUCUAGGGCCCAGGCAGGGAAAGGAGAAGGGCAUAGGUCUUUAUACUUGGCCACCAGUCACUGUUUCCAGGUUUCUACUGAUCUUCCAGUGCAUUUUGACAGGCUUCUUACCUCUGGCUCUUCCGUGGGGCCAUAUUCAUGAGACUUUCAGAGAUCUUCUCUGGGCCACUGUGUUGUUCCUUAAUAUGAGCAACCUCCUCUUUAGACCCUUCUUCAGUUCCCACCCUAGCGUUGUUCCAUAUAGUAUUACUGCUGGCAUCCCCAGACUUUAGAAGACCACCUUGUUGGGUGGGGGACUCCCAGCAAGCUACUUCAAGCCAGGUUACCUUCCCCAGCAUCUGUUUGGCCCACAGAACACCAUGUAUCAUUGCUCCACCAAGUGGUGGAAAAAGAGCUUGCUCAUUCAUUUUCCCCAGUCCUUGCUCCAGCUCACCUCCUGCCAAGAAGAAGAUUUUAGUUUUCUUUCUCACAGGCACCCCUUAGAAGGGUUUUGUAUUAGUCUUUUUUCCAUUACUAUAAUGAGAUACCUGAGACUGGGUGAUUUCAUGAAGAAAAGAACUAUAUUGAGCUCACAAUUCUGGAGGUUU